AUGGCAGGCGCUUGCUCAACGUUGUGUUUGAUCAUUAUCACCCUCUUCAUCCCCCCUCUUGGUGUCUUCCUCAUCUCAGGCUGCGGUGUUGAUUUCUGGAUCAACGUCCUGCUCACUAUUCUCGGUUACUUCCCCGGCCACAUUCACGCCUUCUAUCUGGAAUAUGUCUACUAUGAACGCCGCAACCGCGAUCCUCUAACUCGUGCCUCUCAACGGCCCGCACCCGGCGUCUACUCUGAGCGCAUCCAAAACGGAGGUCAUCAUCAUACAAACGCGGACAGGAAUUAUGGUACUAUCUGA